GCUAGGCGGCAAGAAAGCCCCGGCUCAGUGUGGGCGGCACGAGGAAGCGCCGGGAGGGAGGCGCGAGGAGGGAGGCGCCGGGCGCCGCUGGGCGCUGGGAGUCAGCCUUCGCCUCCAGGAUUGGGCGCCCGGAGGUGUGGGCUGGGAGUCCCGUCCUCAGAGGCCUCCGGCUGGGGGCGCUCAGCGGGCCUCAAGCUUCUUCCAGAGUCUCGCAGCCAGAAGCCGCCGAUAGGAGCCCUGGAUUUACCUCUCAAAGGUUUUUAGGCCAACAGAAAGUUGAAACCACAGCCAGGCAGGCGUGGGGAGAAUUUGCAGAUUUGUGCAGUGGCAUAUCUCUGUCCUCCUGCAGAAGACCCCUAAGGAACACAGCUCUGGUUGAAGAAAUUACUUCACCAUAAAGAAAAUGGAUGAUUCCUCAAACACUUCCGGGACCACUGUACCCAAAUCAGAGAAGCGGCACCCAGGCAAAGUACAUUUCGCUGAUACUACAGAGACAAGGAUAUUUCUACCGUUUAAUACAGAGACUUCAGUUCGGAUAAUACAGAGAGCUUGGCUAGCUUACUUGGACAAAAUGAUGUUUCGACUCCUAAAGCAUACAAUUUGUGCAGUGGAAUAUCGUGUGACACAUGAAAUACUGAAGAAAGUGAGCCCCUCAGAGGCUGAACUUGUUAAAGAUCCUACCAUGAAGUGUAAAGUCAGAUUCAGAUUUAGUGGUGAAACAUUUCCACCUUUCAUCGUGUUUAAGAUUUUUCAUCAUACUGAAGGCCACGGAUGCAAGUAUUUUAGUGGGAAAAAUAUGCUAAAGCCAUGCAGUGAGGGAGUAAGUGAUGCUUGCAAAAUCAUGGGCAAAAAGAAAUUUUAUAAUCAAAUUAUGGAAGAUGAACGUCUUUUCCAGAAAUUCAAAGUAACUGACCAUAUAGAUAUUGUCACCAUGAAAGAUUACAUGCAGUAUUCCAGUCUUCUGGAUGAGACCCCUGCAUCUUCUGGUGGCAGAAAUAACUACUGGCGAAAAUUAAACCUUGAAAACAUCCCCAGGACAAUGAUGAUAUAUGACAUACUUGAUUAUGCAGAGUCCAGAGUAAUCUCAAACCGUCUACAAAAAGAAAUGAAGUAUCUGUUACAGAGACCAGGAACAGAAGAAAUGCGUCAGCACCAGCUACAGAUUGUUUCUGAAGUUAGAUAUCCUACAUCCUUCACCAGUAGCCCAUCUUCAUCUCGGCUCUCCUACCUCCAAAGCCAGUGCAAACACAUGGGACGUCGAUCCAAGCAAGCUAAAAUCAAAGUUGAAAAAAUGAAGAAAGCUUAUAAGACGGGUAAAGAAAAACCUGCUCUUGAGAAACUGAAAACGGAAACACCAACUCAGAAGCCACAAGAGACAAUCAUCCUCUCCACCCCAUCUUUUGACAUUGUGGAGGUGAAAGAAUCUGCAUCAGAUACCGAAUUGGAAAAAGAAGAAAAGGAAUUAUUUACCUGGUGUGAAAACCUGCAUAUUGAUAAAUCUCCAUCCUCUUAAUGCGUAGCUAACUGAUAGAAAGCCAACCUUGUUUAACAAUCUGCCUCUCUAUUAGUGAUGAGCAUGAGUCAUAGAGGAAAAUAAAAUAGAAGCAAGUCCUCACUAUGCUCUUGUAACUAAAUGUGUGACUUAUUUGUUAGCCCGUUUGGAUCACCAUAGGUGCAGAUAUUUUUACCAACAGAAUUUUAAUCUAAAUUAUUUCUGUUAGAUGCCUUCCAACUCGCGGUAUACUGUUUUGUUCAAGAAAUAAUGAGUAAAUUAGACCCUGGGACCUUUAUUCCAUUUUGAUUUUGCUUCAUUUAAAAAAUAUCUGAGCAGGCCAUGCUUAGCAUAAAUAUUAGAAUUCACGGAAUAAAAGGCUGCUCUGAGUCAGGCUCCAGCGUCUUUUUUUUCUAGUUUCAUGUUGUUUUUGCAGAACAGCUUGUGAAUGACUUACUCUGAAUUAUAAUAAAAAUAAUAAUGGAUUUGUUGCUGCAGUAGGCAUGACAUAGCAUACCUAAUCAUUACUGAGCAUUGUAAGCACCUGGGGCAAAGUGCUGCAUCCACUUUCAUGCUGUACUUUGGGUAUUUUUUAAGGAUAAAGACUGUUUUGAGUAAUAUUUAUCAAUUUCAUUUUGAAUUGAUAAAUUCUCAUUCCUGAUAUAGUGCAAACUAUUGAUUUCUUCUGUGAUCCAGGCUAUUGGAUUAUAUCAAACCUUAACAGAGGCUAUGGUAACUA